AUGGAUCAUGCCGAGCUCUCGCUUGGCCUUCCUGGAUCGAUGAUGAGUGAGAUCACGAGUAGUGCAUCUACGGAAUCAGAUGCGAUUGCUAAGAGGAAAAGGAAGAUGCAGCAGACUUGGGAUCAUGGGAUUGAUCUCCACCUCAAUCAUCCCCUCCCUUUAGAAUGGGAACAAUGCCUGGACUUACAAUCGGGGAACAUGUACUACUUGAACAGGAAGACGAUGAAGAAGAGUUGGGUGAGGCUCGAGGAGAAGUCGAUGAAGUUGGAGCUUAACAUCUCAACCUUUGGGAGCUCAGAGACGAAGAAACAGUGCAGCUCAAGUGGCAGCAGCAUGAUGGCAUUAGUCUGUGUGAACUGCCAUCUCCUCGUCAUGCUGCGCAAGUCAUCUCCUUCAUGUCCGAACUGCAAGUACGUGCACUCAUUGCCGCCGCCUCCUCCUCCUCCUCAGAAGCUCCAAGCCGUCAAGCCCUUGGAAACUCUCAGCCUCCUCCAUUGAUUCCACUGCAGGUAAACCAAUGC